ACAAAUUAUCCGGAUGAUUGGAGCUAUGAUGAGAUGUGGAGAACGUUUCUCAGGAGGAUUUUAUGCCAGCAUUUAACAGUGAUUCAGAGGACUGCGAAACAUGGUCUACUGGGAAAGAGGAUGAUGUCUCUGGACACAUGAAAGAGAAAGAAAAAAGACAAGCAGAAGAUGUCAGCGGGAAAGAAGGAGAGCAUGCAGAAACGGGAGGAUUCACCAGGGACAAAAUUCAAAAUUUGAAUUUAGAAGAUGAAAGUACAAGAUCGGGCGCGGAACCAAAGAGGCAGGAGAUGCAGAGAUCGGAUUCGGGUUCAGAAAGUAUUGAAGAGGGCACAAGGGAAGUGGAUCUCAUGAGGAAACCCAAUAUGAAACCAGUGAUAGAGCCCAAUUUGCAAAUGGAAAGCCCAUUAGAUGAGGAAUCAACACUCGGAGCAGUUGCAGAAAACGACAUUGAGGUGAUUCAGAGAAUUGAGGAGAUGGAGGACAGAGACAGACGAGCAAAGAUAACUUUGGUGAACCGAGAAGAGGAAGAUAAUAGGAAGGAGACUAAGAUGGAACUGGUAGAUAGAAUAACUUGUAGAAGUUUGUGGGGGACAGAGGAUUUGGACUGGGUUGCAAAGGCAUCUGUUGGAAAAUCAGGGGGAUUGCUAUGUGUUUGGGACCCGAGAGUUUUGAAGAGGAAGGAGACUAUAGAGGGGGAUUUUAAUGUAGUGAGAAGGGCUAAUGAGCGAGCAGGGUGUAGCAUGACAUCUUCUGAAAUGAGAGAAUUUGAUGAUUUUAUCCAUAGUUCUGAAUUGAUUGACUUGCCUCUAGUAGGGAGAAAAUACACUUGGUACAGCUCAAAUGGUCAACACAUGAGUAGACUGAAUAGAUUUUUAUUAUCAGAGGAAUGGAUGGCAAAAUGGAGCAAUGUGAAACAACGGGGAAUGAAGAGGUCUGUUUCGGACCACUGCCCAAUUUUGUUGAAAAAUGAGCUGAUGGAUUGGGGGCCAAAACCAUUCAAAUUUUAUGAUGCUUGGCUGGAUCAUCCAGGAUGCAAGGAGAUGAUUACAAAGGUGUGGAAUAGUUGUGAAGUGAAAGGGUGGAGUGGUUUUAAACUCAAGGAGAAGCUGAAGCAUACAAAGCUUGCUUUAAAGGAGUGGAGCAAUAAUAUGAAUAUGGAGGUGGAUAGCCAAAUAAAGGAUGCAGAAGACACAAUUGCUAGAAUUGAUGAGAAAGGAGAGGAUGUGGCAGCAAAAAUCAAGCUAUGGUUAAAAGAAGGUGACGCCAACACAAAAUUCUUCCAUAGGUGUGUGAAAGGAAGAUGGAGAAGAAAUGAAGUUAAUAGCAUCUGGAUCAAUGGGGAGCAACUUACAGAAGUGGAGACAAUAAAGCAAGAGACUGCUAAGUACUUCCAAGAUCUGUUUGCAGAAGAACAGUGGAGUAGACCAAAACUAGAUGGGAUCAGUUUUAAACAAAUAUCACAGACUGAUAAUGAGAUUCUCAUAGCAGCCUUCUCGGAACAAGAAAUCAAAGAAGCAAUAUGGAAUUGUGACUCAUCCAAAUCUCCAGGGCCGGAUGGAUUCAACUUCAGAUUUGUUAAGACGAUGUGGGAGGUCAUAAAACUUGAUGUGAUCAAUUUUGUACAGGAAUUCCAAGAACAUGGCAGACCCAUAUCGCUCAUCGGAAUUUUGUACAAAAUCAUUGCAAAAUUACUAGCAAAUCGGUUGCGAAACGUGUUACCCAAGGUGAUCGGUGAACAGCAGAUGGCUUUUCUUAAAGGAAGACAACUAGCGGAAGGAGUAGUGAUUGCAAAUGAGGUUAUCGAUGAGGUCAAAAGGAAGGAGAUGAAGAGCUUUCUUUUUAAAGUCGACUUUGAGAAAGCUUAUGAUAAGGUAUGCUGGGAGUUCAUUGAGUACAUGAUGUUGAGGAUGGGAUUUAACGCAACUUGGAGGAAAUGGAUACAGGAGUGUCUAAAAUUGAGUUUGGUAUCCAUUCUCAUUAAUGGCAAUCUGACGAAACAAUUCCCGGUUAACAAAGGCAUCCGUCAAGGUGACCUGUUAUCCCCCUUUUUAUUCUUGAUUGUUGCGGAGGGUUUGAAUGGACUAGUGUCAUCAGCAGUGGAGAAGGGAUGGUAUAAAGGAGUGACAAUUGGCAACGGAGGCACUAUGGUCACACAUCUUCAAUUCGCGGAUGACACCUUAUUUUUCGGGGAGGCUACGGAGCACAACAUACGGGUGAUCAAAUGCAUUAUGAGGACUUUUGAUUUGGCUUCAGGGCUAAAGAUAAAUUUCAGAAAAAGUGAACUGAUGGGAGUGGGAGUAGAAAAAAGCUGGAGCGGUAAAAUGGCUUAUAGACUGUAUUGCAAGGAAGGGGAGCUGCCAGUUAAGUAUUUAGGAAUCCCAAUUGGUGGUAGUCAAAGGAGAGUAGCUAUGUGGCAGCCAUUGGUGGAGUCGGUUAAAAGGAAAUUAGCUACAUGGAAGGGGAGGCAUCUAUCAAUGGGAGGUCGCAUUACGCUCAUCAAUUCAGUGCUAUCAAGUUUGCCUGUGUUCUUGAUGUCAAUCUAUGUAAUCCCAAAAGUGGAAUGGGAAGCAAAAGCAAUGGAGCAUGGGAAUGGAAUCUGCAGUGGAGGAGAAAUUUGUUUGAGUGGGAAGCGGAGGAGGCCAUGGAACUUCAAAGCAAGAUAAGAGACGUGAAAACCUCACAAGGAAGCACGGAUAGAUGGGAAUGGAUUCACGACAAAAAUGGCCAAUACACAACAAAAUCAGCA